GGCUGUCAGAGUACAGCAUGGUGGCUGCAUGAGAGUCCCCGCUGAAGGGGGCAAGCAGGGAAUAAAAGGGAGCCAUUGACCACCGCUUUCACCUCCCCCUCUCACCACCUCACAACCCUUCCGUCCUCCCUCCCCUACCUCCCUCCUUCGAGACACGCAACAAUGGUUGACAGCAAGGACGACUACAAGGGUGCCUUUGAGCCCGAGAAGCAGGAGUACGUCGGCACUCUUGAGCAGGGCGGCACUGAAUUCAGUGGCGAAUACAACGAGCUCGACCAGCGCAAGGGCGAGCACCUCGCCCACGCCCUCAAGCCUCGUCAUGUGGCUAUGAUCAGUAUUGGCGGUGUUAUCGGGACAGGUCUCUUCCUCGGUACCGCUGGUUCCCUGCACCACGGUGGCCCUCUGGGUCUGUGGCUCGGCUACUGCAUCAUGGGUUCGGUCUGCUAUGCGAUGAUGCAGUGCCUCGGUGAAUUCCUCUCGUACCUGCCCGUGCCCGGUGGCCACAUCAAGCUGGCGCAGCGCUUCGUCUCGCCCGCCCUUUCCUUUGCAAUGGGUUGGAACUACUGGUACAACUGGACGAUCGUCCUCCCCGCCGAACUGUCUGCCGCUGCCGUCCUGUGCUCGUUCUGGUCCGAUGCCUCGCCCGCAAUCUUCAUCUCCGCCUGCCUCGUCGUCGUCGUUGCCAUCAACCUCCUUGGUGCGCGCGGCUACGGUGAAGCCGAGUUCUGGUUCUGCAGCAUCAAGAUCCUCACAAUCGUCGGUCUCAUCAUCCUCUCGUUCCUCAUCGAUGUUGGUGCCGUCGGAAAACAGGGCCGCCUUGGCUUCCAAUUCUGGAAGAACCCCGGCCCCUUCGUGCAGUACAACGGCAUCAGCGGCUCUCUCGGCCAGUUCCUCGGUUUCUGGUCCGUCCUCAUCAACUCGGCCUUCAGCUUCAUCGGUACCGAGAUUGUCGGCAUGGCCGCUGGUGAGGCGAGGAACCCCAGGAAGACGAUCCCCUCGGCCGUCCGCAAGGUCUUCUACCGAAUCCUCAUCUUCUACGUCCUCGGAACACUCGCCAUCUCGGUCAUCUGCCCCUCCAACGCACCCGAGCUCACCACCGAGAGCAAGACGGCCGCCCGCUCGCCCUUCGUCAUUGCCAUCAAGGCCGCCGGCAUCAAGGGUCUCCCCUCGGUCAUCAACGCCUGCCUGCUCACCUCGGCCGUCAGCGCCGCUUCGUCGGACAUGUACACCUCGUCGCGUGCCCUCUACGGUCUGGCCAUCUCGGGACAGGCUCCUCGCUUCUUUGCCAAGACCAACCGCUACGGUCUCCCCUGGGUCUCGAUGAUCGUCGCCAUCCUCUUCUCCCUCCUCUCUUACAUGACCGUCACCACCGGCGCCGGCACCGCCUUCGGCUACUUUGCCAACCUCACAUCGGUCUGCGGUCUCAUCACCUGGGCUGCCAUUGCCGUCGUCCACCUGCGCUUCCGCGCCGGCAUGAAGGCCCAGGGCCACUCGACGGACAUUCUCCCUUACAAGACGAAGCUCGGCAGCUUCUAUGGCUGGUACACGCUCGCCUGGACCUCGCUCGUCAUCCUCUUUGCUGGCUGGGCCGUCUUCCUCAAGGGCAACUGGUCCCCCUCGGACUUUGUCACGACCUACUUCCCCGCUCCCUUCUUCUUCGUCCUCUACGCCUUUGGCGCCUACAAGUGGGGCGGCAAGUUCAUCGCCGCCGAGAACAUGGACUUCGUCACGGGUGUCCAGGCCAUCAAGGACGCCGAGGUUGAGGAGGAGCCUCCCAAGAACGUGUGGGAGAAGUUCUGGAACUGGAUCUCCUAGUUCUCUUCUCUUUUUCUUCCCCACCCUAUCGCCUUGCCCUUCCCCUCACCCCCCAAAACUUUUCCGCGGUGUACUUAUAGAAUGUAACGGGUAGAUGUCAUGAGAAUGGAACCCACAUUGAUGACUUUACUUUCGGA